AUGAAGCUUACUGUAAUGGGCUGUGGGAUGUUCUAUGAUGGAAAUCAUACUUACCUAAUUGAACCAGAUGAAAACUACAAUUCAGAUGAUGACUUCCAUUUCCACUCUGUUUACAAAUCCAAGUUGUUUGAGUUUCCUUUGGAUGACCUACCAUCUGAGUUCUGGCACGUGAAUGCUACAUCACAGAAGUUUGUUGUAAAGCCGAGACACAAAAGAAGGAGAAGGCAGGUUCGUCAGAUUCCACGUAAAAUUGAAGAAGAAACAAAAUACAUUGAGUUAAUGAUUGUAAAUGAUCAUCUAAUGUGUAAAAAGCACCGCUUAUCAGUUGGCCACACAAACAGCUAUGCUAAGUCAGUUGUGAACUUGGCAGAUUUAAUAUAUAAAGAACAGCUUAACACCAGGAUAGUAUUGGUUGCCAUGGAAACCUGGGCUACUGAUAACAAGUUCACCAUAUCUGAAAACCCCCUGGUGACCCUGCGUGAGUUUAUGAAAUAUAGGAGGGAUUUUAUCAGAGAGAAAAGUGAUGCAGUUCACCUUUUUUCGGGGAGUCGAUUUCAGAGCAGUCGAAGUGGUGUAGCUCACACUGGUGGAAUCUGCUCCUUGCUUAAAGGCGGAGGUGUGAAUGAGUUUGGAAAGCCUGACUUAAUGGCAGUUACCCUGGCACAGACAUUGGCCCAAAAUAUUGGCAUAUUCUCAGACAGAAGAAAACUCAUAAGUGGUGAGUGUAAGUGUGAGGACACCUGGUCUGGAUGCAUAAUGGGAGACACAGGGUAUUAUCUACCAAGCAAGUUCUCCAAGUGUGAUAUUGAAGAGUAUCACGAAUUUUUAAACAACGGAGGUGGAGCCUGCCUUUUCAAUAAGCCAACCAAGCUUCUGGAUCCUCCAGAAUGUGGCAAUGGCUUUGUGGAAGAUGGAGAAGAGUGCGACUGUGGGACAACAGCAGAGUGUGCCAGUGAAGGAGGAGAGUGCUGCAAUACCUGCACGCUGACGGCAGGCUCCCAGUGCAGCAAUGGGCUCUGCUGUCGGAAGUGCCGGUUUGAACCUAGGGGUGUUUUGUGCCGAGAAGCAGUGAAUGAUUGUGAUAUUGCAGAGAACUGCACGGGAAACUCCAGUCAGUGUUCUCCCAAUAUCCAUAAAAUGGAUGGAUAUUCAUGUGAUAACAGGCAGGGCAUUUGCUUUGGAGGAAGAUGUAAAACCAGGGACCGACAGUGUAAAUAUAUCUGGGGUGAAAAAGUAUCAGCUGCUGACAGGUACUGCUAUGAGAAGUUGAAUAUUGAAGGGACUGAGAAAGGAAACUGUGGAAGAGACAAGGACUCUUGGGUACAGUGCAAUAAACAGGAUGUGCUUUGUGGAUACCUUCUGUGCUCGAAUAUAUCUAGUGUGCCCAGACUUGGAGAACUCGAUGGUGAAAUCACUUCAUCGGUCUUGCAGUUUGGUAAAGUCUACACUUGCAGUGGUGGGCAUGUGAAGCUUGAUGAGGAGACGGACCUGGGCUAUGUGGAGAAUGGGACGCCAUGUGGGCCAAAUAUGGUGUGCCUUGACCAUCGCUGCCUCCCCAUCGAAUCCUUCAACUUCAGCACCUGCCCGGGCACCACAGACACCCAGAUCUGUUCAGGACAUGGUGUUUGUAGCAAUGAAAUAAAGUGUGUCUGUGACCGAUUCUGGGGAGGAGAUGACUGCAGUUCUCGAAUCAAAGAUGAUGUAUUUUUUUAUAAAGACGCCAUCAACAAAGGUGUUGUUAGCACCAACAUAAUAAUAGGAGCUAUUGCUGGCACCAUUUUAGUAUUGGCUCUCGUUUUAGGGAUAACUGCGUGGGGUUACAAAAACUACAGAAGACAGAGACAAAUACCCCAGGGAGAUUAUGUAAAAAAGCCCGGAGAGGCCGACUCUUUCUAUAGCGACAUGCCUCCUGGAGUCAGCACAAACUCUGCAUCUAGUUCUAAGAAGAGGUCAAAUGGAUUAUCUCAUUCCUGGAGUGAAAGGAUCCCAGACACAAAGCAUAUUUCAGACAUUUGUGAAAAUGGGAGGCCUAGGAGUAAUUCUUGGCAAGGUAAUAUAGGAGGAAACAGAAAGAAAGUCAGAGGCAAAAGAUUUAGGCCACGGUCUAAUUCAACUGAGUAAGUCUGAAUUUACAACAGC